UCAUGCGCGUACUCAUCACACCGUUUAAGGAGAAGGAUAGAAGAUAAACCCCAAAAAACCGCCAAAAAAAUCUCCAAAACCUCUGAAUAUGCCAUCAACAAUGGCGCUUACCGGCGAUAUAGCGGCAUUUUCUGUCUCCAAAACUCUUUCUCUCAUCUCUUCUCUACCGCAAACUUCUAGACCCUUAUCUUUUCCUUCUCACAUUUCGCUUUCUCUCUCCAAUCCUCUCCUUAAACCUUCUCAAAACCUCCAUUUUCGACCUUCUGUUCUUCGCGCGCAGUCCUCUAAUGGCGCUAUUGACGCUCCAGGUGAACCAAAAGUAGACGGAGGAGAAGUAGAAGAAGAAGAGCUUUUGGAUUACGAAGGUUAUCAAAGUGAAGGAAGUGAUGAGGAUUUUAUCAUCGAUGAAGAAGAGCUUGAAGCUGAAGCUAGGGUUGCUGUUCGAGAGUUUUCAACGUCCUUAUCUCGUGAAUUGCGGAUUGAGGAACGCGAAACAAAAAUUCGCGGAGAAGCAGUUGGGAAACAAAAGCGACUGAAAAUUGCGCCGAAAAAUAUGCAGGUACCUGAACAUCUUCUUCCAAAGGUUGCAAUUGUCGGAAGGCCAAAUGUUGGUAAAUCAGCAUUGUUCAACCGUCUUGUAGGGGGUAACAGGGCAAUUGUGGUUGACGAACCUGGGGUUACUAGGGAUCGUUUAUAUGGAAGGUCAUUUUGGGGAGACCAUGAGUUUAUGGUCAUUGAUACUGGAGGUGUUGUCACAUUAUCGAAAUCACAGGAAGAUGUUACUGAGGACUUGAAUGUGUCCACUACGAUUGGUAUGGAGGGUAUCCCUUUGGUUGCUAGGGAGGCUGCUGUAGCUAAAAUGCCUACUCAAAUUGAGAGGCAAGCAGCUAUAGCUGUUGAAGAGUCAUCAGUUAUCAUAUUUGUUGUUGAUGGUCAGGCCGGCCUAACUGCAGGUGAUGUGGAAAUAGCUGAUUGGUUGCGUAAAAACUACUCAAGGAAGAAUAUUAUACUUGCCGUUAACAAAUGUGAAUCUCCCAGUAAAGGGCUAAUGCAGGCAUCAGAGUUUUGGUGUUUGGGGUUGUCGCCUAUGCCUGUAUCUGCUAUCUCUGGAAGUGGAACUGGGGAGCUCCUUGAUCUUGUUUGUUCUGUGAUGACACAAGUUGAAGACCUUGUUUAUCUUGAAGAAGAAGAAAACUAUAUUCCUGCUAUUGCAAUUGUGGGCAGACCAAAUGUUGGAAAAAGCAGCAUAUUGAAUGCGUUAGUGGGAGAGGACAGGACCAUUGUGAGUCCAAUCAGUGGCACUACUCGUGAUGCCAUUGAUACUGAAUUUAUCGGACCAGAUGGCCAGAAGUUUCGGCUAAUUGAUACUGCUGGAAUUCGAAGAAAAGCAGCUGUUGCUUCUUCAGGGAGCACUACUGAGGCUUUAUCUGUUAAUCGAGCCUUCCGUGCUAUUCGUCGCUCAGAUGUUGUAGCUCUAGUGAUCGAGGCAAUGGCAUGUAUUACAGAACAGGACUACAAAAUUGCAGAACAGAUUGAAACGGAAGGGAAGGGUUGUUUGAUAGUUGUAAAUAAAUGGGAUACUAUACCAAAUAAGGAUCAGGAGACGGCUACAGUGUAUGAACAAGAUGUUAGACAGAAGAUUCGCAAUCUUCAUUGGGCACCCAUUGUUUAUGCAGCUGCAAUAUCUGGUCAAAGUGUUGACAAAAUCAUUGUUGCUGCCAGCAUAGUAGAGAAAGAGAGAUCAAGGAGACUAAGUACGGCUACAUUAAAUCAAGUUGUCCGAGAGGCCGUGGCUUUUAAAGCUCCACCAAGGACUAGGGCCGGAAAGAGAGGACGUGUUUAUUAUUGCACACAGGCUGCUAUCCGACCUCCCACAUUUGUUUUCUUUGUUAAUGAUGCAAAGCUCUUUCCAGAGACUUAUCGUCGCUAUAUGGAGAAACAAUUGCGUUCUGAUGCUGGAUUUUCUGGUACUCCAAUUCGUCUUUUAUGGCGCAGCAGAAGGAAAUCUGGCAAAGAGCAUGCAGGAGGCACCUCAACAAAGACAAGAGCCAAUCUUUCAAAAAAUCAAAGAAAAGAAGUCGUGAAUGUAUAAUAUCUUCCAUCUGACAACUAGCAUUAUUGGUAAGGGUGGAGUUCUAGCUUGUUGUUUCAGCCGAGGAACUUAAAGCCAAGUUACUGUUAACCUGCUCUGCGUCUUGAAGUCCUGCAUUUUUGAAUUGUGAUGUUUCAUGUCAAUACAUUACUUCAUCCAUGAAUACGAAGCUCCAGCUCAGCUAUCGCCUAAAAUCUGCUGUGAUUGUUAUGGUUAUCAUGUAGUUCAUAUUCUAAAAUCAGUGAAAUUUGGGUGUGAAAGAACCCAAAUUAUGAUGAUGGCAAGUCACAGCUGCUACUAAUUUUCUUUCUGGUCCGUCUGUGGCUUUUGUUAUAGUAAAGCAAAUAUUUGGCAAAAACUUAAUGCAACUACCUUGAAAUACCAUUUAAAAUGUGCCAAAUAUGACAGUUUAGAGAACAUCAUACCUGUUCCGCGUCAAAUAUAAUUUAUGUAUUCAUAUUGUAAUUUGUUUAAUGUUUGCUGAUCCCAAAACUAUGGUUCGGUUUUUGUUUACUGUGAAUAAUC